AUUAUGCGAAAUAUGUUAGGGACCUGUCGUUUAAUCUCAUGAUGAAGCGCAAGUCAUCAUCGUUUUUUACGCAUAUUGUUUGUCGAUAUCAGGAACAUUCCAUCGGUGCAUUGACAUUGACUCGGAAAAAUUCUGACUCAACAGAUGAGAGUGGGGGGAUGUGACUCAGACGGCAACUCAUACUGAAAGAGAGAGGAAACGAGUGUUCCGAGCAGUCAGCAGUUGUAUUCGCUGGGAGAUAGUCACGUUUAAUGAAUUGACAGUGAGUGAAUGAAACGAUAAAUAUAAGUUUAUUUUUUCCACGACGUAACAGUCGGAUUUGUUUAAUUCAAUCAGCUGGUAAUUUAAUGGAAAGUUAUUGUUAGUUGCGAUGGGCCAUAACGCGCUAACGGAGCAAGAGGGCAAUCGCCCGAAGUGGCUACUGGAACUGGAGAAUCGCAAACGUAAACCGCGUUUGGCACACGAAGUAGGCGCCGGUGCUCCUUGCAUAAAAUGCACAGUUUCCUGUCCCGGUUUGGAUCUCCAUUUCUGGCGGAAAAUCUGUAAAAAUUGCAAAUGCAGCAGAGACGAUCAUGACGUACCAGACGAAGACUUCCCCCAGUUUGAUUUACUCUUCGGGCCAAGUGGAGUCCCAAAAAAGAAAUCGAUAAUCCUCAAGCGACAAUCAGCCGAAGAAAUGUACGAAUGGGCACCGCCUGACGCCUCGAAAGAGCUAGCAAUAGAUUACAUGAAGGCCUUACCCGAGGAUAAAUUACCAAUAAAGGGCACAGUGGGUGCUGCCUUUAGAAAGCAACAGCUCCAGAAACAAUUGCCUCUCCACGACAUUGAUCACAAGGUGUGCGACGAGCUGACAGAUUCCGAGAGAAAGCAAUUCGAGAAGUACUUGGAGAAUUUGAAGAAAUACGUGGGACAAGGGAGAGUAUCAAAGUUCGUGACAGCCCGUCCGUUCGACCGUACCCUGAUGACACCAGCCAAUGCCUCUGAAUGCUUCAGUCCCAAACACAAGCCCGCGGCAAUCCAAGGGAAUUCCCCGAACCUGCGAACUCCAAGCAGCUUUGUAACUAAAAAAUACGAUCAAGGAUCGCAUUUGGCUCGAGACCGAAGCCCGAUGCCCGAUCCAACUCUGGCAUCAAGUAAACGUGAAUUCCUCUCGAAUCCUCCCUUCGACCAGAUCUCCAGCGAAGCUUCAAGACUGGGGAGGUACCAUCACAUUUUGGGAGAUGUUAAAACAGAUCAGCAAUUGGCUCAGUCCACAAACGUCCCUGGGAUUCAAAAUCCUGCUAUGAAUUUCCCAACGGUCAGUCGAAUUCCGCAAGAUGAAAGUGGUCCUUUAGUCCUUCCUGGAUCUCAAGGAAUGGCUCCAAGCAGUCUUGUGCCACAUGAUCAGGGAUUACAUUCGUCUCGAGACAGAAGUCCUGCAACUAGUGGUCCAACUCCAGUGUCAAGUAAACGUGAAUUCCUCAUGAACCCUGCGUUUGAUCAGUCCUCCAGCGAAGCUUCAAGACUGGGGAGGUACCAUCACAUUUUGGGAGAUGUUAAAACAGAUCAGCAAUUGGCUCAGUCCACAAACGUCCCUGGGAUUCAAAAUCCUGCCAUGAAUUUCCCAACGGUCAGUCGAAUUCCGCAAGAUGAAAGUGGUCCUUUAGUCCUUCCUGGAUCUCAAGGAAUGGCUCCAAGCAGUCUUGUGCCACAUGAUCAGGGAUUACAUUCGUCUCGAGACAGAAGUCCUGCAACUAGUGGUCCAACUCCAGUGUCAAGUAAACGUGAAUUCCUCAUGAACCCUGCGUUUGAUCAGUCCUCCAGCGAAGCUUCAAGACUGGGGAGGUACCAUCACAUUUUGGGAGAUGUUAAAACAGAUCAGCAAUUGGCUCAGUCCACAAACGUCCCUGGGAUUCAAAAUCCUGCUAUGAAUUUCCCAACGGUCAGUCGAAUUCCGCAAGAUGAAAGUGGUCCUUUAGUCCUUCCUGGAUCUCAAGGAAUGGCCCCAAGCAGUCUUGUGCCACAUGAUCAGGGAUUACAUUCGUCUCGAGACAGGAGUCCUGCAACUAGUGGUCCAACUCCAGUGUCAAGUAAACGUGAAUUCCUCAUGAACCCUGCGUUUGAUCAGUCCUCCAGCGAAGCUUCAAGACUGGGGAGGUACCAUCACAUUUUGGGAGAUCCCAAAGCAGAUCAGCAAUUGGCGCAAUCCAUGGCUGUCCCUGGAGUUCAAAAUCCUGCAAUGAACUUCUCGACUGUCAAUGGUAUUCCACAAGGACAAAUCUGUCCCUCAAUUCCUCCUGAACCUGAACUUGGUGGAAUUCGCGCAGCUGCAGGUGCACAUUCUGAUGCCCUGAACGGGCCAAUGAACACAGCAUUACACUUUGCUCAAUCGAAUUUGUAUUCUGAGACCCCUGGAACCACGAACAGUCUUCCUUGCCGCUCACAAUUCCAGAGAAUAGGGGCUGUGAAGGCAGAUCACGCUGUGAAUGAUAAUAAACCAUUGAGGUCUCACCAAUGGGCUAAGAAAUUAGAUAAAUUCACAAGACAGCCAUCAGUGCGAGACGAUAACUCAACGUUGGCGGAUCAGAUGUUAUCGGAAGCACUUUUACCUCCCAGUUCGAUCCACUCUAAUGACAUAAUUGCAAGCACCUUGGAUGAAAAAGGACUUUCUUACAUCAGAGAAAAACUGUCUUCGAAAUAUGGAGAGAAAGAAGACUCUGCUGACGUUCAAAGUCAAAUUCCCAUGACAUCCAAGGAUUUAGAGAGUGGAGCUGCUCUAAGAGACUCCAGGGUCACUGAUAGUAACACAAAGCCUGUAGCUUCACAAUUGCUCUCGUAUGGAGGAGUGAAUCCGAGUAUUAUUCAUUCAGUAAGCCAGAAUAAUCCAGUAUUUCCUGAGGCAGCAGUUGGAACUGUCAGAACGAUGGAGCAUCCUAGGAUCAAUCGUUUGGGUUCUGAAAUGGAGAAUAUGAGGAUUUAUCCGCCGAAACAAAAGUGCCAUCAGUGUACAGAGGACAUUGUUAUUGGCGAUGUCAUUGUCACUGCUGAGCAAGCGAAGGACGCGGCUUGGCAUCCGGGAUGUUUCGUUUGCUCAGUUUGUGACGAACUUCUUGUUGAUCUCGUUUACUUCUAUCAUAAAGGAAAGUUGUACUGCGGUAGGGAUUUCGCUGGGCUUUUGGAGAUACCUAGAUGCUUUGCCUGUGAUGAGUUGAUUUUCGUGAGAGAAUAUACGAUAGCAGAGGGUCACAAUUACCAUGUGAAACAUUUCUGCUGCUGGGACUGCGACGAACCACUCGCUGGGAAACAAUAUAUCUCCGAGAGCGAUAGACCGCUGUGUCUUCCAUGUUACCAAAAGACUUACGCGAAAACCUGUUCUGCUUGUCAGAAAGUUAUCGCUGCCCAUCAACAGGGUGUUGCUGUGAAAAAUUUAGAUUUCCAUGCUUCCGAGGAGUGCUUCUGCUGUGCCAAUUGUAAGAAAAGUCUUCUAAACGGCAGAAUGGCUAUUAAAGAGAAUAAACCAUUCUGCAGUAAAGAAUGCAUCACAACAUUCCUGAAUAAAUUUUGAAAAAAAAUGAACACUGUUCUUCAAGAGUUUUGUAUUGACACAUGAAUAUUAUAGAAUAAAGUACUUUUAUUUUAU